AUGUCGACAUCAGCGCCGCCAGAAGCCGGAGACGCCAUCCCCGGUCUCUCCAUGUCCGUCACCGGCAAGGUCAUGUUGUCCGGCGUCAUCGUCUUCUUUUUCCUCUUCGUCUUCCUCCUCAUUCUCUUCCUUCGCGCUAACCGUUACUUGGGUGCUAACCCCAUCCUCGCGAGUUCCCCAGCCCGCUUCCUAUUCCCCUCCCCCGUCACCGUCGGCUCAGCGUUGCCCCGCCGUGCGAUCGAUUCCGCCAUGCUCAGCUCGCUCCCAGUCACCGUCUUCAACUCCGCAGCAUUCAAGGACGGCAUGGAGUGCGCCGUCUGCCUCACUGAGCUUGCUGACGGCGACGCCACUAGGUUUCUUCCUGGUUGCCGCCAUGUCUUCCAUCUCAAGUGCAUCGACAUGUGGUUCGCCGCCAACUCCACCUGUCCAAUCUGCCGGAGCUCCAUCAAGCCGGCGGCCGUCGAAUCGAAAAUUACGAUCUUAACCGACUCGGAGCAGAGUUCCAUUAUAAAUAUUAGGGCUUCACCGCACGAGAUAGUUAUGCCGAUGGAUGGUUCAGGAGAAUGA